AUGUGGCAGGCAUGUGGGGCUCUCCUUGGCCACCUCUGGCAACUGAUUUGGAGCCACAUAUGGUUGGCAACUCUGGGACAUGCCUGGCAUGUAUAUAGCUCAUUUAUAAUCAUCAUUGUGCUUUUCCCAGCCAGAGGUUUUGUAAACCUGGCCAGGCAUCUGUAUGAGCCAAAAAAGACCAGUGGCUUGUUUCAGGGUCAGAAGGGGCUUGAGGAAAUUAGUCCCUUACUUGAGUACCAGCAGACACCAGAGAUGGCUAGCCCCUUCCUCCACUAUGGAAAUGACCCUGAGGAGAUUAGCCCUGUGCUCCGAUACCUACAGCAUCCUGAAGAAUUUACUGUCUUGUACCAACAACCACCAAAGUCUGAGGCAGAGAUUGAUACUGCAAUCCAGCAGUCAGAGGAAAUCAGUCCUGUGCUGCAGUAUCUACAACAGCUGGAGGAAAUUGGCAGCAACCUGCUUCAACAGGACAGCUGCCACAUAUCUUCCUGCCCAAGAAUUGUCAAGAAAGUGGAGACUGUGACUCAGGUGCCCAUGGACACAGCCUUCCCAAUGCCUGCCACCACAUAUCAUGUAAACAAAAUGACCGAUCCUCCACUAGAAAAGCCUGGCUAUAAAAACAAGGAGCAGGUCACAUAUAACAAGGCUGGGGUGCCAUCCAACAAAGCACUUUCCUCAAGGACCUCCAGUGCAAACUCUUGGGACAGCUCCAAGAAUCUGGAAGGGGAUAAACCAAGAGGUGAAUUCAUCUGCCAAACACCUCCUUCCACACAUCACUUUCCAGCAAAAACCAACAAUAGACAGAACCACAAUUCCAAAACUCCUUCUUUCCAAUAUAUUCACCAUGAAUCACCUAAAAUAUGUGUUGGAAGAAAGGAUAGCUUUGAAAGCAAAAUUUCUCUUGGAAAUCACCAGAAGGAAAGGGCUACAAGUUCCCAAGAACAUGCCAAGUUUGUCCAAGAAAAAGCAGAACCCAUCAGCUUUAAUCCAGAUGAAUCAACAGGCAAGUUACAUCAUUCUGUACGAACUGAGUUGUUCAGCUCUCCCACAAAAAAUAUGAAGAGCAGCUAUGAAGACACUGAAGAAGCCAAGACUGUUUUGAAUACCAAAGACUCCUUGGCUUCAGGUAUACAAAACGUUAAAGUAGAAGGGAAGCCCCCUCAUGAAAAGAGAAGCAGUCUGGUGCCUGCCAAUAUCAAAGCCAAAUAUGGCACCACAGUAGUGGAGAAGCUGAUAUCAGAGGAACAGGCACGGCGUGCUCUUUGUGAAGCUGGAUUGAUCCAAGGACAAAAAAGACUCAGUGACUGGCCAUUCAAAUCUCUUGAGAAUCCUAUGACAACCUCACCUUAUGCUGAUUAUUAUGAACUGGGUUAUAAUCUGAGAGCCAACAUUUUCCAAGGAGGACCAUUAGAAACUAAAAGCUUGAUGAAGGAUUCUUAUACUCCUGAUGUAAUAAAGAGGGCAGUUCGGGAUCCCAAACGUUGGCAUGGAAGGAAGACUGAUGAUCUAGGGAGAUGGUUCCAGAAAAAUGCUCUAAAUCUUAACCUGCAGAAAGCUUUGGAGCAGAAAUAUGGGGAAAAGAACAAAGGCAGCAAAUCCUAAAAAGGCAUAAAAGAGGCAUAUGAGCCCUGGUGAAAGUUAUCUGCCUCUCCCUCGCAGUGAAAUAAAUCUCAUUGCAGUCUCUGUCCUUAAAUGUACUUAUCUAUAUUGAUAACACUACAAGUAAGUUCAAUUCAGUUGAACAGGGAAAGUCUGUUUGUCUUACUACUGACACUUUAUAGACACUUGAUUACACAAAUCAGCAUAUAAAGUUUUCAAAGUACAGAAUUAGAUCACUAUUUGCUCAUUUCAAGAGGCAACCAAAUGUACUGUUCAUGGAUCCAGUUUAAAACUUGAUGACUUUUCGUUAGUCAAGUAACGAUGAAAGCUUUGCAAAAAUGUUAUACAGAAGAUAUAGACUUCUUUUUAAUUGCACAUUAAAAAUAUCAUAAAAAGAAUUGGAUAGUUCUGGGGUAGUUGAUAUCCUAAAUAAUCAGCCCAACUGCAGGCUAUAUCUGCAUAGGGAAGUCCAAUCUUUAUUGAUAGAAGUGGAUGUGGUAUGAAAACAAUGCAGUAGUGCCCAAAAUAUU